AUGUCUGGUUCUCUUAAGCUAGAAAUCAGCAUCAUCUCCGCAAUGAAGACUCUGCCACUGAUUGUGUUUGUUUGUGUGGUGAUGACUCUGACUGGAGCUGAUGCAAAGAGUCGUCUGAUCAAGAGGUCCACAAAUUGUCCUGGCUGGUCUGAGUACAAUGGACGCUGUUUCAUCUUCAUUUCUACUAACUUGACUUGGGCUAAAGCCGAGAUACACUGUCAGUCCCUGGGUGGAAACAUUGCAUCGGUCCAUAAUAUCUUCGAGUACCAUGCGAUCCAGUAUCUCAUUCAGAAUGGUUCUCAUGAUCAUCCAGAAACAUGGAUCGGAGGCAGUGAUGCUGAAGAGAAUGGUGUCUGGCUGUGGAGUGAUGGGACGCGUUUCCACUAUACAAACUGGUGUGAUGGAGAGCCCAGUACAACUCAGGGUCAACAGAACUGCAUACAAAUGAAUUAUGGAGCGUCCAAGUGUUGGGAUGAUGUGCAGUGUAAUGUACGCCGUCCAUCUGUCUGCUCCAAGAAAAUACAAUGAAUCCUGAAACAGAAGAACUUGUCACAAACACUGGUGGAUGUGUGCUGAUGUUUGUGUUUUCAUGCUCUUGUUUCUUAAGCUAAUCACUCUGGUGCCUCUUUAUAUUUCUUCUAUCGCUGUAACGCAACUAAAGGAGUGAAGCGACAAGUCAAAUCAACAGAAGCUGGUUCGUCUCAGAGGCUUUGUGCCUUUUAAUAAGAACAGACUGAAUGUGUUAUGAAAAGAACGCUGUUAGCAAA